AUGGAGAUUGACACCGUCAUCGUCGGCAAUGGGCCGUCGGCCAUGAUCCUUGCAUACAUUCUCCACGGUCAUAUUCCUCUUUACACAUCCAAUCCCCCGCAUCCAGAUCAUCUAUUGGACGCCAAGCUGAAGGCCGCACCAGAGCUUUUGAAUGCGGAUGUGGAUGCCCUCACGGCGCAUUUCGACGCCUCGCGACUGUCAUACUCAACCCAGGCUCUUCCAGUCAAUGUCUUGUUAGAUACGCUAAUGCGCCCGAGCGUUGAUGUAGACGAACCGGGCUGCGUCUCGAAUAUUGAGUGGCGUUUCCAGCCGGAAAAGGCAGUUUCACAUCUUGUUUUUGGAAAGCCCUUGAAACCUGGAGGCCAAUGGACCGAAGAUCCGUUGGGUGCGAGUUGGGAUAUUCAGACUUUGAGUUAUGCCGCAAUGCUGUCUUUGCCCGGGUAUUCUUUUGCCGAUCAUCAUAUAAAAACCACCGGCAAGGAUCUGCCCUCAUAUACAAGGCCUACACGGCGCGAGAUCGCAGAUUAUUUUUCUGCUUACCCGCAGGCCGCUCACAUCAAUGAUGCAUUUCGGUGCGGGGAAGAAUUGAGGGGCAUCUCUCGCACCGCCGAUGGUUUUUAUAUUCGCUCGCAUAACCUUCACUGCAGGCGGCUCGUCCUUGCUAGUGGAAUCUUCUCUGAGGUUAUUUUACCGGAACCGUCAAUUCGCCCACUGCUACACAUUAAGCCCACACCUCGAACACCACUAUUAGUUGUUGGAUCCGGUUUCUCUGCCGCCGACGCGAUCAUCUCUGCCUCUCCCGAUCAGAAGAUCUUGCACGUAUUCAAAUGGUCCCCCGAUGAUCGCCCGUCCCCUCUCCGGGCGUGUCAUCAGCAGGCAUAUCCCGAAUAUGCCGGUGUCUACCGUCUCAUGAAACGAGCCGCUCUGACAGCCGAAGCUGCAGGCAAAGACCGGCCGAAAUACCGUCGCACCACCUCAACUCCAUUCCUUGAAAGCAGGAAUUGGGAUGAGACCUAUGAAGGCUUGUCUAAUGUCGAAAUGACAUCAGCCGAAGUCCACGGUGAUCUGGCGACCGUCACAUUCCGCCGCCAAGAUGGAACUACUUUCUCCCGCUCCGUCAGCGGUCUUGUCUAUGCUGCUGGUCGGCGAGGCACCCUGGAUUAUCUUGAUCCUGAGCUCCGCUGUGAAGUGCUGGGGCCCGGUGAUCAGGAAAGCCCGACAGUAACGGGACAAAGUCUCCGUGCGAAGGCAAUCGAGGACCUCGAGGUUGCCCCGGGGGUCUUCAUCAUUGGCAGUCUGACUGGAGACUCUCUGGUCCGCUUUUCCUACGGUGGUUGUGUCUCUACAGCUGGUCAUCUGAUUGAUGGCGAGCGUGACACGCGAAGCAUGUGUAGCAGCUUCGUGUCGUCGGCUAAAUUGCAUGGCUCUUCACUCUCCGUUAUGAACGGCAUGGAUGGUCAUUUGGUUUACCCGAACGGGGAUGAACCAGACCUGUCCCGCGAGGAUACCUUCAGCAAAAUUUCGACGAUCACGGAUCAGCCUGUCGCACGGAGUUGGUGGAAAUCAAUUUCCCGAGUAUGGAAUGAUCUCAUACGAUGA